GAAUGCUCUUGCUAUCUCUGCUGUGUUCAGAUUUCGUCGUUCCUUGGCUGGAUCCUCCCGUGGACCGCUCUGUUCUUCAGGCACGGCUAAGCCCUACUCCACUAGAGCAAUGGAGUCGCCUCAAAAGAUUUCCUCCAAAGCUGAGGUUUCUGCUCGGGUCACCCGUGUUAUUCAACAAACAUUCGUCCAUUCUGCCGGGGUUCCUUGAGCCGCCCGAAGCCACCCAGCUACAUGGUUCCAGGGGGAUACUGGUAGCUGCACCGUGCUGCAUUCGCGCGCAGCAUCACGACACAGGAGGCGCUUUCCCUUCGCCUAAUCUGACCUAGGAUGGUCCUCGGUGCUCGCGACUCGACCUUUUCGAACCUGCCCCCAAACCCGAAUGCAUCAUACAGCUCCACACGUCUUUUACUUUGAAGUCUGGCGCUCUCGCUUCUGCUGUCGUCGUGAUACAACAGCUUCGAUGCGACGGUUGUCAUAUUAGUCUCCUUACCCAAGCCAGAUCCCUCAACUUGUACGCCUGAGACAGACAUGACAACGAAUCCUAAGGCGGCGAGCAGCCGUGUCGGUACGUUGGCAAAGACAGCAUGUGUGGCGUGUCGACGUCUUAAGAUGAAAUGCGUGGGAGCACAGAACCCUCCGUGUGCACGAUGCGCGAAAGUCGGGCGCAAAUGUGUUGUGCCGCCGGUGAUGAUACAUCAGCAGACAAUCACACCUUACAACUCGACAGACGACAUGAUAGCUUUGGCAAAUCAACAAGAGCCAAGGCCAACGGUAUAUCCUCUUACACCAAUUCUCGAUUCCCGCCGGGAAGAUGUUCAACAGCAGCCUUGGGGUCAGAAUCAUGCUUAUUCGAAGUUCGUGCCUAACACUGUCACGCCUCUUCAGCAAACCAGCAGUCUGGACAUGCCCUUCAUGAAUAUUGCUAGCUCAAAGCCGGUGUGGACUGCUCCUCAACGGCCUCCUAUGUCGGCCAUUCCUCACAGCUAUAGCCACAGCUCGCUCACAUCACUGGACGUUGCAGGUGCCAAUGGCCAAUAUAUGCAGCCUCCCCUUUCAGCGAGCGAGGUCAAUAUCUCGAGUGUUAGCGUGCCAGCGACGCCGCUUUCGCAUGGUCGCACAUCGUCCGGAUCACCAAAAUCACGAAGGCUCCCCAGUGAUGAAGAAUUAUCGCACCUAUGUCGAUUCUUCAUCAUAAAUUUGUUGAUCCACAUUCCCGUCGUCACUGAGGCAGAUGUCGGUGACUACCAGGAUAUGGUGGAGAAGAACAAAAGACCGCUGGCAAACUGCAUGGCGUAUGUCGCCGCACGCUUCGUCCCUGGUUGCCGGUCAAUACGGGCUAAGCUGACUCCACAAAUUCUGUCCAUGUUGAAACUUCGUUUCGCUGCUCCAGACCGGAACGACGAUGAGCGAUUGAUGCUCCUGCAAUCUUUUGCCAUCCUGUACACUUGGGCAACGCCGCAGGACGUCGAGGUAGACAUGAACACUGACGAUACGGAUUUCGAGCUGAGACGGGAUGUCCUGAGAUCCUCGAUGGAGAUGCUUGCCCUACGCUAUUCGGUGCACAGAGCUGGCGAGGAUGUUGUCCGUCUGCUCCAUCAUGAUCCCAACGAUAUCCGCCAGAGCUUCGCCUUGCGCAAAUACUGCUACUGGCUGUGGCUCUUCAGCAGUGCUCAUUUUCAGUCACUGCUGUCACGCACGCCUCCAACUCUUCGUGAAGAUGCAAGCAUCAGAUGGGCCAAUCAACACCUUGAGCAGUAUGUGAUGAAUGAUGAAAACGUCCGCCGUAUCUUGGCGGAUGUGAGCCUGAGUCUGCUCUGGUCUCGCAGCAGCGCCAGUGAGCCCGACAUUGGCGAAUGGUGGUGUUCUAUCUCAAAUGAAACCGACGCCAACUUCUCGUUGGGCGUACUCAAUAGCUUGGACGAUCGUCUCAACCACUGGCAAAGAAGGUGGCUCCGACAUCAGCAACGACAGCCCAGCACAGAAUUCGCUUCCGACCCGGCCACGAGCAGCUGGAUCGACUUCUACCAGCGCUUCACUCGCUUCUGCAUCAGCACCCACGCCACCAAGCUAUUGCAGUCCUCGGCCAUGGCCGACACGCCGCCACUGCCGGCUGCAAACCUGAUCACGCAGUCGGUCGAGCGAGCUUCGACCUUCUGCCGCCUUUUUGUAGGAUUGACCCCGCUGGUCAAGUCAUCCAUCCGGUUCGCGCCGGAGUCCACCUUCGCCAUGGUCGCGUUCGCCUGCAAGUGGAUCAUCCGGGCCCAAAGGUUCUGUUCGAGCUUGGAUUGCGUCAAGCCUAAUGACCUGAAUGUAGUCCAGGGGCUGGCGGAGCUCAUGGUCGAUCUGGGCAUCGACAACAAGCACAGCGCCCGGGUCUACGGGGAGAACAUUCUAGCGAAAUUGCAAGCGGCCAUGAGACAGCAGCCUAAGUCGGCCUCGUGGAACACUACGCAUCAGGAGCAGCCUUGGGCCACUCCUGGCCCCAUGGGGUCGCGGAACCUAAUUGAGUCCGUCACCGCGAUGGACGGGGUAUGGCCGAUGCGCAAUUCGCCUAUCCAGCGUCCACAGUCGACCGGACCGUAUUUGGGUUUAGCUAUAGCAUCCAGCGACGGCAGCGAAGUCUUCCCCAACUAUCACAACGGCCCCGACUUUUUCCACUUCGAUCCUUCCUGGUCUAUUUAACUCAGGGCGCCAUGAGUCCGGUGAUUAGGGCACAACUUGAAAAUUCUGAAACCGCCGCUUUAGAUCGGGCGGCCUACGGGCGCCAUCAUAUUGUUUAGGCUCAUCGCCUCGAUGGGACUCCCACUUGCAAGAGGGGCAAGGCCUACAAGCGCGCCGACGGCUGCCGGGGACCAUCUGGGAAGUCCUCAGUGCCCAGAAAUCGCCGGCAGCAAGGUUUACAUCCACAUGUCCGCCAAAACGAAACGCAGACAGAACAAACCUCUCUCAAGCAAUCUGAAGCCGCCACCGCUUUCAAAGCUCCAUAGUACAGAGUUACAGGUGUCCCACCAGACUUGCAGGAGACGGCCACGGGCGCAUAGGCAACUAAUGACGAGCGCCAACGUACGGACGAGGGCCUUAAGUACUGAUGAGUACCUCUGAGCCCGUGUCGGUGGGCAAGCUACGCGCCUGAAGCAUGGCAGCUUAUGAUUACCUCAGCAAUUUCGGUAUACUUACCGGCUAUAUCAUUUGCGAGAGGCAUGCUUGUGGUCGCUAGGAACGGUUGGCAAGACAGCAAACCUUCAUGGGCGACGUUGUCAGCAGUAGCAUUGUCGACCAAGCAGCACGUGCUGGGGUGGUGCUUAGGCCGCUCGGGGUGUGACAAGCUGGAGAACUCCCGCCCUGGAGGGUGGAAGCAAGCUCUGGAGAUGGACGCAAUUGAGCAGUUAGUAGUUGGGCGGAUGGGCAUGAAUGGGGGAGGACCCAGUGCGAAUGUCUCUGUCACAGUCAGUUCAGGCCAGCCAGGCAUGGGCGAGCCAGUUUGUCCCAACAAAACGUCGGGAGCUUUGGCAAUGGCCGCGAAGGAGCUGCUUCUUCCAGUACAUACAUUGUAACGGCUUUGUUGCUUUGUUGGGGGUAUACCAUCGUCGAUCGGCC